AUGGAAAGCCACGAGAGGGCGGAGGCCUUUGGGCCCUUUUUGCAGCAGAAACAGUUCGUGCUGUGCUUCGAUGGGACGGGCAAUAAGUUUGCGGGUGACGCGUCGGAUACCAAUCUUGUGAAAAUCUAUCGCAUGCUUGAUCGCAGCCAGAGCCACCAGUACCAUUAUUACCAGCCGGGCAUAGGAACAUACGUGACGUCGCAUUCGCUCGGUAGCAAAGGGCGAUUGGAGCGGAUCAAGUCCUCAUAUAAGAAAAGCAUAGAUGCCGCGCUAGGAUCAUCCUUCGAUGAGCAUGUGCUCGGGGGAUACAAGUUUCUGAUGCGAUACUAUGCGCCCGGCGACGACAUCUACUUCUUCGGCUUUAGUCGGGGCUCCUAUACGGCCCGCUUCCUUGCCGAGAUGCUCGACUAUAUCGGUCUGCUUCAGCCUGGGAACGAGGAGCUGGUGCGAUUUGCGUGGAAGACUUUUGCGAAAUGGCAGCAGCGAAAGAGCGGGACAGAGCAGGACGAUGAGGAGAGGCAUAAACUGUUCCGCUUUAUGAAAGCGUUCCGGGAGACGUUUAGUCGGCCUGUUAAUCGUAUCAGAUUCUUGGGGCUUUUUGAUACUGUGAAUAGUGUCCCUAUGUUUGAGAAUGCCUGGAUGGAGAGGAGCAAGUUUCCAUACACGGCACAGACGACGGCCCGGGUGAUUCGGCAUGCAGUCUCUAUUGAUGAGCGUCGUGCGAAGUUCCGGCAGGACUUGAUCUCUGGGGCCAGGCCAGCUACUCAUGGCCAUUCACAUUCGCAUUCGCAUUCGCACCGCUUGAGGCAGCUGUUGGCGCGUGAUGAUCAUGAGAAGGUGACCGUUCCUGAGAUCGUUCUACCGGAAAACGGGGAUGAAGCAGGCAGACAGCCGAAUCGCAGGUCACAAUCUGGCAAUGACCCAGAUGAAUUCCGCUACCGGGCACCUUCACCUUCGCUGAUGCGUCCAGGCAGCUCGGAGUUGGCUCGAACCAAUGCCUUUCUAUCCGAUCACCGUUCAGUGAAGAGCGUCAUUUCCAAAAUGUCUCUGCGAGUUCCGAGCUUGAACAUCCCAGGCAACGAAGCAGAAGGCGAAGGCGAGCAGGAUAUUUCCGAAGUGUGGUUCCCAGGACAGCAUGGCGAUGUUGGUGGAGGUUGGAAGCUCAACCCGGAGGAUCCCUGGCCCUUGAGUCACCUUCCUCUUGUGUGGAUGGUGAAAGAGGCACAGGCUGUGGGGCUCGAAUUUGACCCCGAGAAGCUAAAGCGCUUCAACUGCUACGAGGAGAGCCCCGAGGUCAGCGAGGGAUUCAAAGAAACCGCCAUGACACACAGCCACGCGGCACACAAUCCUGACAAUCCUCACCGAGGCAUCAACAAAUUUGACGAAGCCCUUGCUUGCACAAUGGAUCAGGGCAUCGCCCACGACUGUCUCACAUACGGCGGGGGCCUCUCAUUCUUCUCAACCCUGUCAUGGCGGUUAAUGGAGUACUUGCCUUUCCGACGAAUGGACCUUCAGUCCGACGGAACCUGGAAGCCGAUACGCUGGCCUCUUCCCUGCGGAGAGGUGCGCGAUAUUCCCGACAACGCGCAGAUCCAUAUAUCCGCUAUUCAUAAACUGCGUAUUGAUCCGACAUACCGACCGGGCAAUUUAAUCAUUGGUGGUGGUGGACGGGGAGUUAAACGAGCGCCAGAGAGGUAUGGGAUUGGGGACUGGGAGAUCUGCAAACAUGAGGGUGAUCUGGUGCGGCAGACUUAUAUCCGGAAACAGGCUGAGAAGCCUGAGAGUGCUUGUCGCGAUAAUCAUACCGCAACCCGUCCGUCGUAG